AUGCCGCCACCCCAUUCAGCCGUGCUUGUCCCUUUGGACAAAGAUUUAGCGAGGCUGAGCGUCACCGCCUUCUCCCUUGAGAUAGAGACCACACCGCUCCCAGCGGGCUUUCACCAGCCCAAGUUUACGCUUUAUGAUGGGAAAAUCGAUCCGUACAUGCAUGUAAGCCACUUCCAGCAGGUCAUGGCUGGACACAGGCGUAAUGAUGCUCUCAUGUGCCUUAUUUUCCCAUCGAGUUUAGGUGAGUUGGGCUUGAAAUGGUUUGAGAGGCUUUCGGAGGAAAGCAUCAAAAGGUGGCAGCAGUUGGUGGAAGCAUUUGUGACUCGAUUCAAAACCAACACCAAAACUCCAAAGGAAGUGGACCACCACCUGAGCGUCAAGAUGGAGUCGAGCGACUCCCUCAAAGCAUACAACGCCAGGUAUUGGGAAACCUUCAACAAGAUCCUAGAUUGCCCGACCAACUUGGCAAUCACCCAAUAUAAGCGCGGUCUCUCGGUCGGACACAGACUAAGGGACUCGUUCACGAUGAACCAACCAACUUCCAUGGGGCAGCUGAUGCAACGUAUCAAUGAACACAUCCGAGUAGAGGAUGAUGCGGCGGUGCCACCGCGAAGACAAAUCUGGUGGCAAUAG